UUUUCAUAUUUCGCUGUCGUGUACACCAGUAGCUUUAGUAUUUUCCCCUUCUUCUCAGUGACGUUUAGCGAUAAACAGCCCGUAACUUCUUAGUGUUUUGUCGCUUCUUUUCUUCCUCCAAGUGCAGCUUUAACGUCCCCAGCUUGCCUUUUUUUCGUGCCACUGGAACCCGGGUCAAGAUGCUGCUGAAGAUGCCUCAGAAGUUGCUGAAGACUGCCCACUACAUAGAGCUGGGCAGCUACCAGCACUGGCCGGUGCUGAUCCCCCACAGGAUACGCCUCUACACCUACGAGCAAAUCCCGCUGUUCCUCAAAGAGAACCCCUACAUCACAGACGGUUACCGGGCUCACCUGCCCUCCAAACUCUGUCUUAAGAGUAUUUUUAUGCUGUCUAAUGAGACGGUGAAUAUCUGGAGCCAUCUCCUGGGGUUCCUGCUGUUCUUCUCGCUGGGGGUCAACGACCUGUCCUCCGUGCUGCCGGCCUCUGGAGCCAACCGAGAGGACUAUGUCAUCUACGCCAUUGGGCUGUUCUGCUUCCAGGUCUGCAUGCUGUGCUCGGUGGGCUAUCACAUGUUCUCCUGCCACCGCUCAGAGAAGACGUGCCGGCGCUGGCUGGCGCUGGACUACGCCGGCAUCUCCGUGGGCAUCCUGGGCUGCUACGUGCCAGGGAUCUUCUACGCUUUCUACUGCAACGCCUUUUGGCGGCAGGCCUACCUGCUGACGGUGCUGUCGCUCAUCCUGGCCGUCUUCAGCGCUCAGGUCCACCCCCGUUACCUCAGCAACGACUGGAAGCUCGUGCGGAUGACAAUCUUCUGCUGCGUGGCGGGCGUGGGCGUGAUUCCCGCGUGCCACUGGGUCUGGCUCAACGGAGGCUUCACGUCAGAUGUCGUGCAGCUGUUUCUCCCUCGUGUGAUAGUGAUGUACCUCAUUGCUGGAUCUGCCUUCCUGUUCUACGUCACCAAAAUCCCCGAGCGCUAUUUCCCUGGCCACGUGAACUUCCUCGGCGCCAGCCACCAGCUGUGGCACAUCCUGGUGGUGGGGAUGUUCUACUGGUGGCAUCAGACGGCCGUGUACAUCAUGCGCUUCAGACACAGCCAGCCCUGUCCCGGCCAGAGCAGCGGCAGCAGCAGCAGCUAAGGACUCCUCCUCACCGAACGUCCCACCGGCACGAUUAGCUGCUAGCUAGCGCACCACAGUAACCACCACGUUUAGCCGCCGCCUUCAAUACCACCACCACUCACUGCAUGAUGCCUCUGACUGACA